UGGGAGGAAUCGGAAGUGACGCUACAGAGGAUGAUACGCUCUGGGAAUGUUGAUAUUUUCCAGUGAGUCUGAGUGAGUUCCGGAUGGAAUCCUUGAGAACACGAGUUGUACUGAUCGCAAGGCCGACUACUCUGGUUAUUCAUAGUACCGAUACCUGUGGGUCAGAACCUUGGGGAAAGUAAAGAACAGAACGCGACCGACGAAAAAAGCUAGGAUCACCGCUGCAGACUUUGAAAUUUGAGACGGAGGACACGAGAGAGCAAGCGCUCGCCCCUGAUUGGCUCGUGGGUGUUGUCAAGGCUUUACGCAGCUUCUUCAAUUGGUUGGUGUCCGCAGUUGUGACCGCCGCGACAAUUUUGCCCACGUACUUCCGAACAAGAGGCAGGGUUGUGUCCUACUGCGCGUGCGCACAGCCCGGGAGGCCCCACCCGGUAGUUCAAGAACCUGUGAAGGGGCGGGGCGAAGAGGUGCUUGUUUUGGUUGUGUUUCCUUUGAAGCUGAUCCCGGAACAAGGUAGCAAUAAGCUUGGCUGGACUUGGAGGGAGAAAAGGCUACGACAGAUUCGUCUUUGAACCAUCCUAUUGGACCUCACAUCCGGGAUCUCCUCCGGGCGUGACCUGCGUACUGCCUACAGUUCUCGAACCGGUGUCCCGAGCUCUUUAUCCAGGCCUCGCUGUUCCCAUCGUGCUUCGCGCACAACAGUAGCCCCCUCAUCCGGGUUCUCUCCCGGCGUUCUCAGCGUCUGGUUUGCUGUGGGGUACUUGGCGGUGCGGCCAUGACUAUUCUCCCCAAAAAGAAGCCGCCACCUCCCGACGCCGACCCGGCCAACGAACCGCCGCCGCCCGGGCCGCUGCCCCCAGCGCCUCGGCGCGGUGGGGGUGUGGGCGUGGGCGGCGGCGGCACGGGCGUGGGUGGAGGAGAGCGCGACCGUGACUCCGGCGUCGUGGGGGCUCGUCCCCGGGCUUCACCACCACCCCAGGGCCCGCUACCGGGGCCGCCUGGUGCUCUUCAUCGUUGGGCACUAGCCGUGCCUCCUGGCGCAGUGGCGGGCCCUCGGCCACAGCAGGCUUCUCCACCUCCUUGUGGGGGCCCUGGUGGCCCCGGCGGCGGUCCUGGUGACACUCUUGGUGCGGCAACUGCGGGGGUGGGCGCGGCAGGGGUGGUGGUGGGCGUGGGUGGUGCCGUGGGCGUGGGCGGCUGCUGCUCGGGGCCGGGGCACAGCAAGCGGCGGCGUCAAGCUCCCGGCGUUGGCGCAGUUGGCGGGGGCAGUCCGGAACGUGAAGAGGUCGGAGCAGGCUACAACAGUGAAGACGAAUAUGAAGCUGCUGCGGCACGAAUCGAGGCCAUGGAUCCUGCCACUGUCGAGCAGCAGGAACACUGGUUUGAAAAGGCCUUACGGGACAAGAAAGGCUUCAUCAUCAAGCAGAUGAAGGAGGAUGGUGCCUGUCUAUUCCGGGCUGUAGCUGACCAGGUGUAUGGAGACCAGGACAUGCAUGAAGUUGUGCGAAAGCAUUGCAUGGACUAUCUGAUGAAGAAUGCCGACUACUUCUCCAACUAUGUCACAGAAGACUUCACCACCUAUAUCAAUCGGAAGAGGAAAAACAACUGCCAUGGGAACCACAUUGAGAUGCAGGCUAUGGCAGAGAUGUACAACCGUCCUGUGGAGGUGUAUCAGUAUAGCACAGAACCUAUCAACACAUUCCAUGGGAUCCAUCAAAAUGAAGAUGAGCCCAUCCGUGUCAGCUACCACCGGAAUAUCCACUAUAAUUCAGUAGUGAAUCCUAACAAGGCCACUAUUGGUGUGGGGCUGGGCCUACCGUCAUUUAAACCAGGGUUUGCAGAGCAGUCCCUGAUGAAGAAUGCCAUAAAGACAUCAGAGGAAUCAUGGAUCGAACAACAAAUGUUGGAAGACAAGAAACGAGCCACAGACUGGGAGGCCACAAAUGAGGCCAUAGAGGAGCAGGUGGCCCGAGAAUCCUACCUGCAAUGGCUGAGGGAUCAGGAGAAACAGGCCCGCCAGGUCCGGGGACCCAGCCAGCCCCGGAAAGCCAGUGCCACAUGCAGUUCAGCCACAGCAGCCGCCUCCAGUGGCCUGGAGGAAUGGACUAGCCGGUCUCCACGGCAACGAAGUUCAGCCUCGUCACCUGAGCACCCCGAACUGCAUGCCGAACUAGGCAUUAAGCCCCCUUCCCCAGGCACUGUGUUAGCUCUUGCCAAACCUCCUUCACCCUGUGCACCAGGUACAAGCAGUCAGUUCUCGGCAGGGGCUGACCGAGCCACUUCUCCUCUUGUGUCCCUCUACCCUGCUCUGGAGUGCCGGGCCCUCAUCCAGCAGAUGUCCCCCUCUGCCUUUGCAGGUCUGAAUGAUUGGGAUGAUGAUGAGAUCCUAGCAUCGGUGCUGGCAGUGUCCCAGCAGGAGUACCUAGACAGUAUGAAGAAAAACAAAGUGCACAGAGAGCCACCCCCAGACAAGAGUUGAUGGAGACCCAGGGACUGGACACCAUCCCUCAAACCCCAACUCCUGCCCUUUGAUGCCACCCAACCUUCUUUGGCUUUCUUCCCUCUUGGCUUCCUUCCUUGGUUUCCUCUUUUCCACUUCCCUCUGGCUGGCCCACCCGUGCGCUCCGUCCAUCUCAUCCCUGCCGCCACCACACUGGUCUCUGCCAGCUGAUGUGCUGCCCUAUUGCCCCUUGCACAGCACCAUCUCAGCCUUCCACCAGGGACUCUGGAAAGGGUGCCGAAGGUAGGCGAGAGGCACACAGAGACAGACCAUCUGGCAGCCAGGCAGCCCCAGAAGAGAGACCCUCACACAAAGGAAGUCUUCUGUUUGCCCUUCCUUACACAUCAGAUAAACUUGUUACCCCUCCCCAGAAAGAAUGGCAGGAAAGGCGCGAGUGGGAAAUUUUCCUUCCUAGUACCCCAAGAAUCUGAGCCUUCAACCUUAAAUUUUUCUUUAUUAAAAUGUACUUUUAUCUUACAAAAAUCAUGAAAUCAAAAA